GAAAACCGGCAGUCUCACCGCGUUGUGCCAUCUGUGCGCAUGCGUCGGCCGCCAUCUUCUGCGUUGCUAUGGUGACGCGAUUCGUAAUCAAAUAAGCUUCAUUUUUUCUAAGCAGAUCAUAAAAACAAUAACAUUGAGUGCUAGUGUUUGUUAUUUGUGGUUAUAAAAUUAUUAUGUUCCCUUUGUGGCAGACGUGAGGCGCGCGUCACGGGAUGGCUUCGUGGUGGUUGUGUGCGACCGCCCUUAUAUUGGCCGCGGGGUCGGUAGCUGCGCAGGGACCAGAGAAACGGAGGACGGGUAAUGUCUGUAACGUGGACAUAGAUUGUCCAGACAACGCCUUCUGUCGGCAAAGCAGCUACUGCGUUUGCAAAGAUGGAUUUGUGUACGCAGCCAUCAAUAGCACGCAUAAGGGAUGUCUGAAAGAGGCUCGAAAUGGAGAAGAGUGUGUUCAGCACAUCCAGUGCCACUCAACGAUGAGCGUUCACUCCGAAUGCAACAAUGGGGUAUGCGCAUGCGCAUCCACUGCGCAUCUGGAGACUGACCGAUGUUACGAGACCGCAGUAAUCGGUGGGCGUUGCGUGGUAGAUCAGAACUGCUUCCUGGGUGAGACUGGUGCAGAGAGGCAGGCCUUUUGCGUACGCGGGUACUGCACGUGUCAGCUGCAAUACAGCCCCAGAGAUAACGGGACGAGAUGCGUUCGUGACGCCGCUCUUGGUGAAGAGUGCGAGGAUGAACUGCAGUGUGCAGGGCUCGGUCUGCAAUGUCGUGGCACGUGUCGCUGCAAGGACAACUGGGUAGCUUUCCAGGAUAUUAACGCUUGUGUUGAAUCUGCCAAAGCCCUCGACGAUCCGUGUCAAUAUGACGUCCAAUGUGAUGCUUUGGCUGGAACUGCCGAGGCGCCUUCCCCUGGAGCCUCGCUAUGUUUAGGAGGAGUCUGCACCUGCGCAUAUGAUGCCAGAGCUGUUGGUACCCCGCCCCGGUGCUGGCGGAGGAAGCGGCCAGGACAGGAUUGUAAUAGGGACGAGGAAUGCGUGUCAGAAGAGGACGAGCCCGGAUAUUGUCUCUCCGGUCGAUGCACCUGCAAGACCUGCUCGCCAGAUGCCAGGGACUUCGGCGCCGCUAGCUCCCUUUCCCCGCCAUUAGCAGCCACCAUCUUGUCUCUCGCCGCCAUCUUCGCGCGCUAGCCGCCAUUUUGUGAAAUUUUGAUUCGCGCCAUCUUGUUAACCUGAAAGGAAAAAUGAAAAUCUUUUAAUAAGGCCCUUAUUCCUUUAACGCGUAUUCAAAUGUGGCAGUUGGUGCAUGAGGAAUAUUUGGAGUAUUAUUCGAAUCUAUAAACCUUUAAUAUAAACCAUUUCAGUGGUUCAUUAACAUUCUUCCUUGAUAAGGUUUAUUUAAGUUAAGGAGUGUAAAGCUCGCGUUACUGCUGCUGCUUAAAGUGAAAAAAAUUAAUUUCUGUUAAAGUCGAUUUUGUUUUUAAGAAAUCUUUGGCAAUUUAAAAUUGAAUUGUAUUUGAUUGGUAUUUACACAGAGCAGCGGCUGCGUUGUUUUCGUUGAUAGUCUUCAAAGUUUAUGAUUAAGUUGUAAAUAGUUUUAUUAUCGCUGUUAUUUGUUGUUGAGUUGUUUAUUAUAAUAGAGAGCUGGCGAACGAUUUGUCAGAGUGUUUUUAACAAAUGGUGGCUAUUAACAAAUAUUUUUUAUUUUCAUUUAAGAGUUUUAAAUAUUAAAAUACAUCUAAACAUUUUAGAACUCACACGGAUGAAACUCUUGAUGAUUGUAUAAUAUUUCCAACAUUUAUAUAUAUAUUUACAACAUUCUCUGCAGACCAAAACAAUGCAUAUGACAAUGAAUUUGAAUAUAAUAGCAAAUACGGUCUUUCUGAUUCGUGAUGGUUAUCUUAUUAAUAAUAUGUUUCUGAAAUUUGUUAAAUUGAAACUAACAAAUCGUUGACUAGCUCUAAGACUAUUAAGCGUAGUUUAUAUCUAUGAAGUUUUCUUCCACUGACACUAAGGCAGUAUUUUUCGAGUGCAAUUUUUGAUGUUUAUAAAGGUUUAUCCACACUUGUACUUCAUGUUCUACGAUAAAUGUACUUUCUAAUACAUCCAAGAUGUUUGUAUCAGUAAUCGUGAUUACGAAGCUGUAAGAUUAAGUUAGGCAUGUGUGGACGCACCUAAAUAUUUCUAAAGACAGUUACGAAUGGAUAGAUUUUAUGCCAAAGAAAAUGUACACGAGCUAAUCGAAUGAAUGUUAUGUAAAUAAAGCAUAUUUAUUUUCAA